CGUCGCUCGCUGGUUUCACUCUCUCGUCCCAAAGUCGACAGAUUCGAAAACAAUCGAGAAACCAAGUCGAAGCUUUUAAAACCCUAAAUCCCCAAAUCGGAAUCCGAUUCGAAGAUGUCUUCGUCUUCUCCGAGUGGAAGCGGUAGCGAUUUGACUGAGAGAAGAGGAAUCCCUGCCGCCAAAUUCAUUCAAGAUGUCGAGACUUAUCUCUCUCAGUCUGGUCUCGAUCCUAACUCUGCUCUCGCCUUCCAUCAAGAAAGGCUUCAGCAGUAUAAAGUUGUUGAGAUGAAGCUUCUUGCUCAGCAAAGAGAUCUUCAGGCUAAAAUUCCAGAUAUUGAGAAGUGUUUAGAGGUUGUUGCUACUUUGGAAGCAAGGAAGGGUACUGGUGAGGCGCUUUUAGCCGAUUUUGAGGUGUCUGAAGGAAUUUAUUCACGGGCCUGCAUUGAAGACACAGACUCAGUGUGUUUGUGGUUGGGAGCUAAUGUCAUGCUGGAAUAUUCCUGUGAAGAGGCUUCAGCUCUUCUGAAAAACAAUCUGGAAAAUGCUAAAGCCAGCCUGGAGGUUCUCGUAGCUGAUUUACAGUUCUUAAGGGAUCAAGUCACAGUUACUCAGGUAACUAUUGCGCGUGUUUAUAACUGGGAUGUUCAUCAAAGGAGGGUUAAGCAAGUUACCCCUACUGCUAUUGCUGCUGCAGAUUCAUGAACUACAGAUCCAAAUUAUAAUCGCGUGGGCUUAAACGAGGUAAUAUGAUUAUUGGGACACCUUUUGCCCUAAUCGGGUUGUUUGUAACCCUUAAUAUUUGCUAUCUUGAUGAAAUUUUGUUUCUGUGAACAACCUAUGAAUAGAACAUUAGCAUUGUUAUCAUCGUUUACCCUCCGUUUCUCGCUACAUAUCUGUUGAGUUUUGAUCAGCUUGUGUUUCCCGCUAUUGACGUAUUACUUUUGUAAGGAUGUUAUAGAUAUAUCAAACUAUUUGCAUCA